GUAGCCCAUGUAGUGGCGACAGCGGGUUUCCUUUUUCAAUAUCUGUGUGGUCCUUAACCAUAUGUCUGACGCCAUAUAACCGUAAAUAAAAUGUGUUGAAUCAUUUCUUUCUAACCCAACUGCCAAAAGAACUCUCAACAAUUUUCAUAAUAAAAUAAACCAAAUAAAACUGUUAACGAAGCUUCAUGCAUCAAAUACAUUCUGGCACCCAUUAUGUGUGGCGGAAAAAAAACCCGUACUCAUAUGCCCUUCUGAGAAUUGUGCAAUAUCUGAAUGAAUGCCGCCAGAUGUUCACGUGUGUAUAAUAACGAAUUUCUACAGCGUGCUAAAAAGCACGGAAAUAGAAUUGCCAAGGUGUGUGUGUGGACUCCAUAUCAUCGUUACCCUGGCAUAUGAAUAGACUGCCCAGCUGGCGGUAACUGCCAGGCUAAUAUAAUACAUCAAUGACAUUCGCUGCGGAAGGAAGACUCGAAAACGUGUCGCGCAUCUCGUAAAGGCAAGAAUAUAUAACGUGGAGCGCCCCACUAUUGCAGCAGAUGACAUUUCUUUAUUGUCAUUGACUGGAGGAUACUACCUACGUAGUGUACGAUUAAAUCAUGGCCCCAGCUAAGGUGUUCGGCGUGGUGGUGAUCGGGGUUGGAAUGGCCGGGAAGGUUCGGAUAAGGGAUUUACUGACCGCAGCAGACAACACAAGUUUGGGACUCAAACUGGUUGGAUUCGUGUCACGGCGGUGUGAUGUCGAGGUGGAAGGUGCAGAACGUUUGAGCAUGGAAGACGCUAUGACGAGAUCUGACGUCGACGCUGUGUUAAUAUGCUCUGAAUCCGGGGCCCACGAAGAACACAUCAGAAAAGCACUGGACCACAAUAAACACGUGCUGGUGGAAUAUCCGGUGGCACUGUCCAUGCCAAAGGCAAAUGAGUUCUACACAGAAGCAAAGAACAAAGGUCUGGUUAUACACGAAGAGAACAUAGCUCUGUUAACAGACGAUCACAAGAAACUGAAAGCCAAAGCUCAGCAGAGCCGACUAAAGAACGGACAGUAUAUUCUCAAAGGUAACUUUAACAGGUGGCUAGAGGAACUCAACCAGUGCGGGAAACCCUUCAGCAACUGCGCAGCAGAAAUACAGUCCUGUCUGGACGCGUUUGGGGACUUGAAAGCGACGAUGGCCACGUUUGAGAAACUUGACGACGUCACGAGGACGGCAUACGAACUAGAGACUACCUUUAACAGCAAAAUCAACUUCUCGGUGGAACGAUAUGUAGCAAAUGGCCAGCGUAAGAGGUGGUUUGAGUUUAAUUUUGAAGACGGAGAGACGGUCGAGUCCGCUAUUGGUGCGCCUCCAUCUAAACCUAAUCCUCAAAAGAAAGGUCUGUUUAUGCAGGAUCUCUUCCUGUUCGCUGAAAAAAUGCGUGGCGAACGUUCAGUGGACGAUGACGUCAAACUGUCUUUGCGAAGUUUGGCGAUAACAGACGAACUGAAUGACAAAGUCAAAUGAAAUAGCUAAGCCAAUCUCAUUCCUAGGAAUCUCAAGACGAAGACAGACACAUAUAUGAGAAAAUAAAUGUAACGCACGGCCGUCUCACGUGAUAGACAAAGGGCUGCAAUGGAUGCGUGUUACAUAUCUUUUGCAAGAAAUAUUCGAGCACGCGUAAAUGGAAGAUGUUAUGGCUAACUUAAUGAGAUCUUGUUCUCUCUCAGUGGCUCGACAAAGAGGGCUGAAAUACCGUGGUAAAAUACCCGGGUAGAACCCCUCCGGGGCACGGAAGAUAGAAAAUGAAACUAAAUAUUUUAUACUUUAUACAAUGACUAUAUGUUUGGUAUUAUAUAUAUAUAUAGUUUGUAAUAAAUCGAUAAUGAAUGAA